ACUACAGACUCACAGCACAGGGUUGACUUUUAACUACCCUCUGGGGAACCCUCAUCCCGUGAAUGAAUUAAACAAGAAACACACCACCUGCCACUCUUAACUGUAUAGGGAAUCUGUGUCUGUAAUAAUUGAGGGGGGUGCGCCAUUUAAUAUCUGGGAUAGUGGUUUUUUUUCCAUCUAGAAGUGGGUUUAGAACUUGGUCUUGCACUGGCCAUUAUUGGGAAGAAAAAUGUAAGGGAUCAUUUUUUGAUAAUUUUACUGAUCACGAAAAGAGAUUACUUGAACUUUCAGAAAUCCGGUAAAUAUAAAAUGAUUGGAAAAGUAGUCUUUUAUUUUUGGUAUGGGGAGGUUUGGAACCAGAAACAGUCGAAGCAGCUGUUUCCUGUCCCUGAAGUGAAACUUCAGCUCAGCGUGGCUGAAUAUAAAUUAUCAUCAUGUGCAAGUUGCUCAUAACCAGAAUAAAGUUUGUACUGGUGUACGUAGCACGUUCAGAUAGUUCAGAGCAGUGAAAGUAUGUCUUGGAAACCAUAGUACAUUCACUGGAAUUGCAUUAACCCUUUGAUGCUGAAAGGUCAUCUUCAUGGCGAAAAGAUGAAAGAAGCCAACCACAGAGCUGCUGUAAAAAUUUUGAAGCAAGUGAAUGUGUCCUUACUUCCUCAAAAUGUUUUAGACCUGCAUGGCCUUCAUGUAGAAGAAGCCCAGUACCACCUGGAAAAAGUGCUAUUUGAGAAGAUCGAUGAAUACCAACGAAAAGGUGGUAAAUCUUACCUGACUGUCAUAACUGGAAGGGGAAGCCAUAGCCAAGGGGGAAUAGCACGUAUUAAACCAGCUGUUAUUGACUACCUCAAAAGCCACAACUUCAG